GCGAACAUAUCGUAGCACUAACAAUGUACCACGCUACACGCUCGUGAAUAUUACGCACUUUUCCUUAAAAGUAAUCAGUGAAAUAAUGUAAAUUGGUACAUAUCCUUGGUACAGUGACGCGGCAGAGUGGACUACCUGCGCGCUCGCUUCGCUUCCCUCUCGCCGGCCGGCUCGCGAACAACGCUACCAAAAAAAAAACUCGAUGUCAGUGAGAGCGAGGACCCUUGUGUCAGUGUAGUGUAGUUUUAGAAUAGUUAAAUGGAUCGUGCAAUGUUCGUAUGAGGAAGAAGACCAACCGCAACAUCAUGUCGGUGGGGCUGCAGCGGCGAGUGCCGGCACUGGAUGAAGCGGCGGGUGGCGUGCCGGCGGCGUGGAAAAGCGGCAACAGUGAACCGCCAUUCCCGUCGUUCGCACCGCCGGCCGGCAGCCCCGCGGGGCCCGCGUUUGCCGCGUCCCCCGCACCGGCGACACCUGGACCAGGUCCAGGUUUCGCGGGCCCGUACGCGGCGCCUGGCCCCUUUGGCAGCCCGUCAGCGAGGCCAGGCUCCGGCGGCGGGUUCCCGCCCGGCCCGCCGCCCCAGCAAGGCCAUUUCCCUGGUCCAGGCUUUGCCCCACCAGGCUCACCGUUCCACCCGCACGCUCCACAUCCACCUAUGCCGCCACACCCACACAUGAUGGCGCCGCUGCCGCCACCUGUUGACAGGCGGCACGCCCCAUACUUCGGGCAACCAGAUUACAGAGUAUAUGAACUCAAUAAACGGUUACAACAAAGGACAGAGGAUUCAGAUAAUUUGUGGUGGGACGCGUUCGCGACAGAAUUCUUUGAAGAUGAUGCGACGUUAACACUUACAUUUUGUUUAGAAGAUGGCCCAAAAAGAUAUACGAUAGGGAGGACGCUUAUACCACGCUACUUUCGCAGUAUAUACGAAGGUGGCGUAUCAGAGUUAUAUUAUACUAUGAGGCAACCUAAAGAAUCCUUCCACAACACAAGCAUAACGCUGGACUGUGAUCACUGUACAAUGGUGACGCAUCACGGGAAACCGAUGUUCACAAAAGUAUGUACAGAGGGUCGACUGAUCCUAGAGUUUACUUUUGACGACCUGAUGAGGAUCAAGUCGUGGCACAUGGCUGUGAGAGCUCACCGCGAGUUGAUACCGCGACAAGCGGUCCACCCGCCCGACCACGCCGCACUAGACCAACUCGCUAAGAAUAUCACCCGCCAGGGUAUCACUAACUCCACACUCAAUUACCUAAGGUUAUGCGUGAUACUAGAACCAAUGCAAGAAUUAAUGUCUCGACAUAAGGCUUACGCUUUGUCGCCGCGCGACUGCCUCAAGACCACAUUGUUCCAGAAAUGGCAGCGGAUGGUCGCGCCUCCUGAGUCUCAGAGGCCGGCGAGCAAGCGACGCAAGCGCAAGGGCAGCGCGGGGGCGAACGCCGCUCCCCCCGCACCUGCCAAGAAACGAUCGCCCGGACCUAACUUCAGCCUCGCCUCACAGGACGUGAUGGUGGUGGGCGAGCCGUCGCUAAUGGGUGGCGAGUUCGGUGACGAGGACGAGCGAUUGAUAACUCGAUUGGAGAACACUCAGUACGAGGGCGACGGCGUCGAGUGGAGCGCCCCGCCGCCCGCCUCGCCGGCCAAGACGCCGCCCGGCACGCACUGACGCGAAACACGACACAUUAAUAUAGGCCUUUACUGAAUAAUUUAACACGAGA